AUGGCUCCCCGAGUCGAAAGGCGGUGGAUAUUCUUAAUCUUGUUGCAAAUUGUAUCGUAUGCAAUAUUAGCGAUCGUGGGACAAACCACCCAAAAUAUUAACAUUUUGUUCGUCAACGAAGUGGACAACAAUCUGGCAAAUGUAGCUGUUGAAGUUGCGCUAAACUACGUGAAAAAAAAUCCUCAAUUAGGGCUUUCGGUCGAUAUGAUGUACGUUGAAGGCAACCGUACGGAUUCAAAGGACCUGUUACAAACACUAUGUUCAAAGUAUGGCCAAUCUUUGAACGAUAAUCGGCCACCGCAUCUGCUACUCGACACUACGCUGACUGGAGUAUCAUCGGAAACGGUUAAAUCCUUCAGCCUGGCUCUUGGUAUACCGACGGUAUCGGCCUCAUUUGGGCAGGAGGGCGAUUUGCGUCAGUGGAGAGACUUGACACCUACCAAACGAGGUUAUUUGUUGCAGGUUAUGCCACCGGCCGAUAUGAUUCCACAAGUGAUUCGAUCAAUCAUCAUCUAUAUGAACAUUACGAAUGCAGCAAUUUUGUACGACAAUACGUUCGUGAUGGAUCACAAAUAUAAAGCUUUACUGCAAAAUAUUCCCACCCGCCACGUUAUCACCAGUAUUGCCGAUGAUCGUGACAGAGCCAGCCAGAUUGAGAAGCUUCGCAAUUUGGAUAUUAAUAAUUUUUUUGUGCUGGGAUCCUUAUCAUCAAUUAAGCAAGUAUUGGAAUCAGCGAAAAACGAAUACUUUGAGCGUAACUUUGCAUGGCACGUGAUAACGCAAGAGCAAAAGGAUCUCACGUGCAAUGUAGAGAACGCGACAAUUAUGUUCCUUCGUCCGAUAUCCGACAGUUCGAGCAAAGAUCGACUGGGCAGUAUUCGUACCACAUAUAACCUGAAGCAGGAACCUCAAAUCACCGGGUUUUUCUACUUCGAUCUAACCCUACGAGCGUUGAUCGCGAUCAAAAACAUUUUGCAGUCCGGAUCGUGGCCAUCGAACAUGAAGUACAUUACGUGCGAAGAUUACGACGGUACUAAUACACCGAAUCACACCAUCGAUCUGAAAACGGCGUUUGUCGAAGUGACCGAACCUACCACUUUCGGGCCGUUCGAAAUACCCAAGGGAGCAAAAAUACCCUUCAACGGUAACACGUACAUGAAAUUUGAUAUGGAUAUUAAUGCCGUUUCCAUUCGUGGCGGUGCUUCGGUGAAUACGCGCAAUCUCGGCACAUGGGAAGCAAGUCUCAAUGCGCCGAUCAAUGUGGCGAAUGAGGCGGAGAUAAAAAAUCUCACUGCCGAUGUUGUAUACCGUGUGUACACGGUAGUGCAAGCACCGUUUAUCAUGCGAGACCCAGCAGCGCCCAAAGGAUUUAAAGGGUAUUGCAUCGAUCUGCUGAACAAGAUCGCCGAAAUAGUGGAGUUUGAUUACGAAAUUCGGGAAGUAGAAGAUGGCAAGUUUGGCAAUAUGAAUGAAAACGGCGAAUGGAAUGGGAUUGUGCGCAAACUGAUCGACAAACAGGCCGAUAUUGGGCUCGGUUCCAUGUCCGUAAUGGCUGAGCGGGAAACAGUUAUCGAUUUUACCGUCCCGUACUACGAUCUGGUUGGCAUUAGUAUCAUGAUGCAGCUGCCCAGCACGCCCAGCUCAUUGUUUAAGUUCUUGACUGUGCUGGAAACGAACGUGUGGCUCUGCAUUUUGGCUGCAUACUUCUUUACCAGCUUUCUGAUGUGGGUCUUUGAUCGGUACAGCCCGUACAGUUACCAAAAUAAUCGGGAAAAGUAUAAGAACGACGACGAAAAGCGGGAGUUUAAUAUAAAAGAGUGCCUCUGGUUCUGUAUGACAUCACUCACUCCGCAAGGCGGAGGAGAAGCACCGAAAAAUUUAUCGGGACGCUUAGUAGCUGCCACCUGGUGGUUGUUUGGGUUUAUCAUCAUUGCAUCGUACACUGCUAAUUUGGCAGCCUUUCUAACGGUGUCCCGUUUAGAUACACCGGUGGAAUCUUUGGAUGAUUUGUCCAAGCAGUACAAAAUUUUGUAUGCGCCAUUGAACGGAUCGUCAGCAAUGACAUACUUCCAGCGUAUGGCCGAUAUUGAAGCCAAGUUUUACGAAAUCUGGAAGGAAAUGUCCCUUAAUGAUUCACUAACAGCGGUCGAACGAUCUAAGCUAGCCGUCUGGGACUAUCCGGUUAGCGACAAAUAUACCAAGAUGUGGCAAGCUAUGCUCGAGGCAGGCUUACCGAACAGCCUUGAAGAAGCCGUACAGCGUAUUCGAAAUUCAACUUCUGCCUCGGGAUUUGCUUUCCUCGGUGAUGCUACCGACAUUCGUUACCAAGUAUUAACGAACUGCGAUUUACAAAUGGUUGGAGAAGAAUUUUCACGCAAACCGUAUGCAAUUGCAGUACAGCAAGGGUCACCGCUAAAAGACCAGUUUAACAAUGCCAUACUGAUGCUGUUGAACCGUCGUGAGCUGGAAAAAUUGAAGGAACAAUGGUGGAAAAAUGAUGAUGUACAAAACAAAUGCGAAAAGCCGGACGACCAAUCGGACGGCAUAUCGAUACAGAACAUUGGUGGCGUGUUUAUCGUAAUAUUUGUCGGUAUUGGCAUGGCAUGCAUUACGUUGCUGUUUGAAUUUUGGUAUUAUAAGUAUCGCAACAACUCAAAAGUGAUCGACAUUGUGGAAUCAAACGAUCAGCAGCAACAGCAAAAUGCAGUCGUUAAAAAUGUUCGCCCUGCUGGUAAGCUCAUCAAGCAAGAUUCACUAAAGGAUUCUACGAAAGGUCAAAAUUUUCAAACCCUCCGAACACGUACCUUAAUGCCCAACCUAAGCAAAUUUCAACCCCGAUUCUGA